AUGGCUACUGUGUAUGAUUUUCAAACAGUUUCCUCCAGUCAGCAUCAAAGAGGCAUGCAACUUCUUGAAGCUAACUUAGAGACUUUGGUGAAUCUAGAAAAGCUAUGUACCAUUGACUUGGUGAUAAAGAAGGUAUACUGUAUACACAGAAACCUGACAGAAGUUCCAGAUGAUCUUCCAAUGGAUGUUGAGUUUCUUGACUUACAGUCCAAUCAUAUCCAUACUCUGAAUCAGCUGGACUGCAAUUGCAAGAUAGCAUGGCUUCUUGACUGGUUACAGAGUUCCUCACAUCUUAAACUUGUUGCUGAAAGCAAAACAAUUUGUUCAAUGGCAUCACUUGAAAAGUUAGGAGGUAAACCACUUUUGACAUUUGAUCCAAAACACUUCUGUGGUCCAGAUAUAGGCCUCCUUUGUUCUCUUCCACUUGCAAUUGUUGGAGUAUUUGCCAUGAUGUUUGCCAUUCACCGCUAUCGCUGGCUUUUGAGUUACAAACUCUUCUUGCUGAAGCUGGCUGUUGUUGGUUACCAGGAAGUUGUGGAUGCACGUAAUCAUGGUGAUUUUGAGUACGACCUCAACAUCAUGUUCCUGGAGGAUGAUGAACACUGGGUCCAAGAGCACCUAAGACCAGUUCUUGAAGAAAGGCUUCCAAACUUCAAUAGAAUCGUCUUUGGUGAUGAAGAUCUUGUGAUUGGUAUGCACUACUUCGAUGCUGUCUUCCAUGCUGUUGAGAAAAGCUUCAAGACUGUCUUGCUUUUCAGCCGUGCCGCUUUCCAGGACAACUGGUUCAUGAUCAAGUUCCGAGUGGCCUUCGAGCAGGUGAAUGAUGCUCGGAUGGAGAAUGUUGUGGUGAUCUUCAUUGAGGACAUCCCUGAUGCAGAGCUACCAUACCUGGUCAGGUUGUACUUGAGUGAGAGAAGAACGUAUCUCUGGUGGGUGGAAGAUGACAGACAUCAGGAAUACUUCUGGAAUGAAUUAAUUCUAACUCUCCAAAGCGAUAAUAUGAGAUGGAAUAACAUGAUCCCACUUGAAUAA